CGCCCGCACCGCCAGCGUCCCCGCGCACUACACUAACGUGCGCGGUGCAUCUUCGCGCAGCUCUCGCAUCGUUAGGCACGAGCGGUCGCCAUUUUUAUCGAUCUGUCGAUAACUCCGCCGCCCGGCGCCGCCGCGGCCCACCGCCGCGCACUCCGGUGGAGAAACGUCGACCUCUUCGGCUUGCGAACGUCGCCAGAGCGGCGCCCGUCCCGGUUACCCGGGUGCUCGGCUGCAGCGCGACACGAAGCGUGGACGUCGCCUCCGUCGCGGGUCGCGGGCGUCGGUGUCUUCACGGGAAACGGCGAGGGGCGAGAUCCCAGGUCCACGCGGCGGGAGGCGGGGCCGAGAUGAACGGCUUCGGACCGCUGUAGAGGGAGCACGGCGAGGCGUGCGGGGCACGGGGAGCUCGCAGGGGCGAGGGGCGCGCGGCGAGGUCGGCGGCGCGCAGGCGCGCGGGGUCGACCGCCAGUCUCGCGGCCGACGCCAACUUGCGCGCACGUCCGCGCGCUUCACCGCCACACGAUCAGCUGAUCGGCGCGCGCCCCGCGGCGCACAUGCCGUGAGGCGCCGCGCGGCGCCAUGACGGGCUACGCCCGCGGCGAGGCCGAGUUCGCCGCCGCCGACCGCUUCCGCAGGGACGCGCGUCCCGCGUCGCUCGCCCCCAGGGACUACUCGGUGCCUUUACACGUAGACUGCAGUAUCGAAUACGAGCUUCCCGACUGUGCCAAGCCGCCGCAGGGCGUCAAGAUCGAGCCGCUCCUCAUGAUCCACCCAUCGCACUUCCGGAGGCUCGAGAGCCUGCGGCGCGUGCCGUUCGUGAACAACCUGCCGCGCGGCGACGCGGCUGCGGCCGCCGCCGUCACGCCGGCCAGCAGAGCCCGCGCACCACGUCAGCCCCGGCGCUGCUGCCGAGCGGCGCCAGCGCCGGCCGCGCCACAGCCGCAGCCGGUGGCGGCGCAGGCGGCGAGAGCGCGACCCGCGGUGCCGGUGGAAGAGGCUCCGCGCGCGGCCGCGUGCUACCGCUUCGAGUCAUACGCGCCCGAGGGCGGCGGUAUGGGCGGCGGCAAGGCAGCCCGCGCGCGACUCAAGCCGCACCCGUACCUGCCGGCGGAGGCGCUGGAACGGCUGGACUGUGAUAUCGCGCGGGCGCUGCCGCCGCCCGCCGCGCCCUACGACCGCUUCGACAAGCGCGCGCUGCAGCAGCUGCCGAUCUACAUGUAGCCGGCGGGCGGCGGCGCUCUCUGUGAUGUUUCCUUGUAACUAGUUAGAGUGUAAGUGCCCGACGAGAAGACGAUGGACGCAGGCCGCUGGCCGAAGGACGGACGGAGCCGAUACCAAAUAGUGCGUAUGUGCGCGUUCAUAUUGUUUGACGUUGAGUUGUGUGUUGUCAGUUGUUGUGGGGACGUGCUGUGGCGUGACGUGGCGUGACGUGACGUGACGCGCGCUGCGCCCGGGCGCACCCGCUCGUGUUGCCCACCGACGUUGAUAUUUAUUCGCAAACGCAGUACCCGACGCUUCACGAUUAAAUUAUUGUACCGUCGCCGAUUCGUUGCGUGUUUCUGUAUAAGAUAUCAUAUCGAUAAUUAUAUGUUCAAAAAUUGUAUUAUAAUGAAUAUGUACCUAUAGAGUAAAAAAAUGAAAGUGAGAAAAAUAUUACGAAUAAUACUAGACAUAGUUAUGUUUCGGAUAGGCGAGGAGCUCCGGAGCGCUCCCGAGCGAGCGAGCGGUCCCGAGCGCUCCCGAGCGGAGGAUUAGAACUCGUAUCUCUACUCUCAUUUUGUAAGCGGUUAUGUUUGUUAAAAUUAUAUAUAUGAAGAGUCCUCUGAUGAAUAGUCUGAUUAACGAAUAUUCGGCAUGUAAAAGUCUUUAUAAAACGCUUACUUAGCAUAUCAUAGUAUUAUAUUGUGUCAUAGUCCAAUGCCAAAAAUAUAACUAUCUUUUUACAAAAAUCCCUAAA